UCGAGAGAUGGCGUCGCCUCAGCCCAAGCCCCCCGCCAGGCCCCAGCAUGGUCCCGCCGCUGCUGUGCCGCCGCCAAAGAAGCCGGAUGAUUUCGCAGGGCGCCGAAUCUCGCCCAAGAUCGCCGCCGCCAGGGCCGCGGCCGAGGCUUUCCACAAGAAGCACUCGCCCAACGUUCUUCGCGAGCUCACAAUCGGCCUGGCCUUAGGGUUCGCAGGUGGUGCCCUCUGGAAGAUCUAUCACCUCAACUGGAGGAGGCACUGCGAGGAGUUCUACGUUGGGCUGGACAAGGGGAUCUACACCACGGUCGUUCGUCCUAAGACCAAACUCGCAGUAGAAGCUUGAUCUGAUAUAUCGGAGGUUAGCUUUUGUUUCUCUUAAAUUCCAGUCUAUAUCUAUGAACGUUUCGGAAAUCUUGGAGAACUUUGAAUUGUCUUUGUGGAUCAAAUUUAAGAUUUGAUCUUGUCAUUCCAAUCUCUUGACUUGUCUUUGAUUCUAUCGUUCAAA